AUGGCAAGUGACACAAAAAGAGGGUCUCUUUCUCGUUUAUCACCAUUAGCUAGGCCUUUUACCUUGAGCAAACCCAUUAAUCCAAGCUUUGCUCGUAAUUCUUCACUUCAAGAUACAAGCUUGAGCCCUUCAAGUUCCAUACUUGAUCAGUCCUUUUCAAGUUUCAGUUUAGAAGGAGACUCCUUUGCUUAUUAUCCUCAAUAUUCCUCUGGGGUUUGUCAAGAGUCAGCUGAUUUUGCUUUGUUUACUAAGUCAAAGUCAGACUUUAAUGCUGUGCCUGUCAAUAAGUCCCCUGAACUUGGUUAUAAGCCCAAGAGUGGUGAUCACCAAGGGAUCCUUCACUGGAAGGAUAAACUUGGUGGCUUUUCAAUAUCUAAUGAUGACCCCACGAAACAAGGAUCUCCUGCUGAAGGAUUGAAGCUGAGUGCAGAAACAUCUGAUAGUUUGUGUGGAAAAUUCUCUGGGAUCUCAAGAAAGGAUCUUGAACUCAGACCUAAAACUAGUAGGCAAAUUGACACUAAAUGUAUCUCUUUUUCAGCAGUGAAGUCUGGGCCAACCCCUUCUAACUUUUCGACAUCAUCAGAUUUGCACUCUUCUGCCUUACUUCAAGAUCCUCAAAGUGGGAUAAAUUACCUACCACCAGCAAUAUCUUGGAGCUCCUGUGAUUCAAACAUUGCUUCUUUUGGGAGAAGCUUUUCGCAGCAACUUGAUUUUCAUCCAGCCAAACUGAAUGUUUCCCCUUCAUCGGAUAGCGAUUAUUUGCCAGCUUUAGCCUCUGAACCAUCAGGAGCUAGUACAAGUUAUUCACCCCUUAAUCAUGGGUUGUCAGAGAACCUAGAUUCUGAUGGAUAUGGUGGAGUAAGCAAAAAUAACAUUUUUUGGUAUGGUCAAGCCAGUGGAAAGAAGCCUCAUGCUGUUGUGGAUAGAAGCAAGAAAGUUUUCCAUGGUGAAGUCUUGACAGAUAAAGGCAAAGAAAGAAAAAUGGUCAAACCUGUCACUCAUGAAAUUAUGGAGCCUGUGCCAAUGGCAAAGUCUGAGCUGCAAAUCACUUGUCCUCGUCUUCCUACUGAUUUGACUCUGAAAUCCCUUGGUGUUGAAGAAAGUGAUCCUAUUGAAAAUUCUUCUAAAAUAAUCAAUGUGGGUGAUUCUGAUCUGGAUUCUCCUUGUUGGAAAGGAAAACUUGCUGCUAAUCAAUCAAGCUGUGAAGUUUCCAUACCUGAUAAUUUCCAACAUCUUAAAAGUGGACAAGAAGCAUGCAGUAAUUUAAAUCCUCUCGCUCCUCAUUUUUUCCCUAGCAAGGACAAACAAAAAGUAAAUUACUGUGGAAAUGAAUGUGAUGAAGAUGAUGGUUUAUCUUUCCAGAAGACUGCAUCUUCUGCAGUUAGUUUAUCCUCCAGAGAACAGAGACUACAAAAUUCUGCUACAGCUGGAUCAUCUUCUUCAGAACAGAGCAGCAUUACUGAGACACAUUGCUAUAAUGACAUGCAUGUUCCCAAUAAGCAUUAUGAGUUACGGACUGACUCUUGUAGUAGCUCCAUGCUCAGCUCAUCUUGCAUGGUUCAACCAUCCGUUCUGAAAGAUUACUUCACAUCUAGUGGCCAGCUUCUGUCCGGGCAAAAUGUUAGAGGAUUUGGGAAAGAUGUCAAGGAUGCAGUACCUAAUUCAACUAGUGUGCCUUUGUUUGCAAGCAAACAUGUCAUCAGUUCAUCGUCCUGUAGAGCUGGUGUUUCUGCCAAUUUAAGUGAAACAUAUGGGGGUGUAACUAAGCCUUUGUGCACACCUCCAAGAUUAGAUAUUCAAAUAGUGGUUAAAACAAUGAAUGAACUGUCAGAAUUGCUUAUGCAAAAAUGCGCAAAUGAUUUUGAUUCUCUGAAUGAGCAUGAACAUGAUAUAAUCAAGCGCAUUGUCCAUAAUCUUACUCUGUGUACCAGAAGCAGGGUUGGAGAGCAUACUCUGACGUCUGAAUCAGGUCAUCCUUGCACGUCAUAUUGUGUUAUGAAAUCAGCUGAUCUAAGCAAGGUAUGGUGUUUUGGUUUCUAA